AUGCAAAAAUGUGUAAUUAGCUUAUUUCAUGUGACGAAUUUUUUUGUUCAGGGUCACACAACUGAAAAAGCGAACCGACUGUUGCAAAUACACGGCUUGAACGUGUUGACACCACCGAAAAAGAAAUCGGAACUUGUCGCAGUGUUGAAAUGUUUGUUUGGUGGAUUCAAUUUUCUGCUUUGGCUUGGCUCGGCUGCUUCCCUCAUAAGCUACAUAAUGGAGCGCAGCACCGACAAAAAUGCAUCGUUAGACAACGUCCGUUCUCUGUUCACUUCUGAUAAACUCUAUAUGGGCAUAGUCCUCGUGGUUGUUGUGGUAAUUACCGGCAUGUUUGCAUACUACCAGGAACAUAAAAGCUCGAAGAUUAUGGAAAGCUUCGCGAAAUUGGCGCCACCUUCCACUAUGGUGCUGAGAGACGGGAAGCUGACCAAAAUGGAUGCAUCUUUGAUAGUACCUGGCGAUAUCGUGCGCAUCAAAGCAGGAGACCGUAUUCCGGCCGACGUCCGCAUAAUCAGUAGCUCCAGUUUCAAGGUCGACUGCUCAUCGUUAACAGGUGAAAGUGAACCGCAGACGCGUCAUCCUGAAUGUACACACGUUAAUCCGCUCGAGACUAGUAAUUUGGUGCUUUUCGGAACCGAUGCCGUUGAAGGAAGAUGCGAAGGUAUUGUGGUCCUGACUGGUGACAAAACGAUAAUGGGUCGAAUUGCAUAUUUAACAUCACGCGUAGAUUCUGGGAAAACUCCAAUUGCUCGAGAAAUCGAUCAUUUCAUCACCAUCAUCGGUAUUAUUGCUGGUAUCAUCGGCAUCACCUUCUUCAUCGUUGGAUUGGUUUAUGGCUAUUCAUUUUUGCAAGCGCUUGUCUUCCUCAUUGGAAUCAUUGUGGCCAAUGUUCCUGAAGGCAUUGUUGCUACAAUGACGGUCUGCUUGACAUUAACAGCUGUCAAAAUGAGGAAGAAGAAUUGCUUGGUGAAGAAGCUCGAAGGCGUGGAGACACUCGGAUCAACCUCAACUAUAUGCUCCGACAAAACCGGGACACUGACACAGAAUCGAAUGACGGUCACCCAUGUUUGGUUGGUCUUUGUUAAUGUCCCUUUUUGA